GGUACGUGAUCCAAGAGCGCACUACUAAACAGCACAGAGAUCAUUGGCAUUCAAUCCCAGGGUAUGUGUUGUCACAAAACCUCUGAUCCCUGUCGGUCCCGGGAGGGCGGCAAAUCUUACCCACCUGUUCCUUGGCCUGCGCUAUUGAGGCACAAGCGAUGGAGGGGGGCAAUAGCGCCCGAUUACAUUGGUUUCCUACGCCCCGAGAUCUGGAAGAGAGUACUAGUACUUUCUUUUUUGGCCACCACGGCCACCACACCGUCGUGGCGAUUGUUGGCGUCAGGGGUUCGGCAAGAUAAACUCGGGAACUGCUUCCCUGAGUUCCGGAUGAGAUUCCGGAAAUGUGCUGAUCAAGGUUAUUCCCAUUGCCACCUGCCAGGUUAAGGAGCACUCAAGGACCCUUGAUCCUAGUCCUAGUCAAC